AUGAAUAACUCAACAAACUCCUCUAACAAUGGCCUGGCUCUGACCAGUCCUUAUAAGACAUUUGAAGUGGUGUUUAUUGUCCUUGUGGCUGGAUCCCUCAGUUUGGUGACCAUUAUUGGGAACAUCCUGGUCAUGGUCUCCAUUAAAGUCAACCGCCACCUCCAGACCGUCAACAAUUACUUUUUGUUCAGCUUGGCCUGUGCUGACCUCAUCAUUGGUGUUUUCUCCAUGAACUUGUAUACCCUCUACACUGUGAUUGGCUACUGGCCUUUGGGACCUGUGGUGUGUGACCUUUGGCUAGCCCUGGACUAUGUGGUCAGCAAUGCCUCAGUGAUGAAUCUGCUCAUCAUCAGCUUUGACAGGUACUUCUGUGUCACGAAACCGCUCACCUACCCAGUCAAGCGGACCACGAAAAUGGCAGGUAUGAUGAUUGCAGCUGCCUGGGUCCUCUCCUUCAUCCUCUGGGCUCCGGCCAUUCUCUUCUGGCAGUUCAUUGUAGGGGUGAGAACUGUGGAGGAUGGGGAAUGCUACAUUCAGUUUUUUUCCAACGCUGCUGUCACUUUUGGUACAGCCAUUGCAGCCUUCUAUUUGCCUGUGAUCAUCAUGACUGUGUUAUACUGGCAUAUAUCCCGAGCCAGCAAGAGCAGGAUAAAGAAAGACAAGAAGGAGCCUGUGGCCAACCAACAUCCAGUUUCUCCAAGUCUGAUACAAGGAAGGAUAGUGAAGCCAAACAACAACAACAUGCCCGGCAGUGAUGAUGCCCUGGAGCACAACAAAAUCCAGAAUGGCAAAGCCCCCAGAGAUGCUGUGACUGAAAACUGUGUCCAGGGGGAGGAGAAAGAGAGCUCCAAUGAUUCCACCUCAGUCAGUGCUGUCGCCUCUAAUAUGAGAGAUGAUGAAAUAACCCAGGAUGAAAACACAGUUUCCACUUCCUUGGGCCAUUCCAAAGAUGAGAACUCUAAGCAAACAUGCAUCAAAAUUGUCACCAAGACCCAAAAAGGUGACUCAUGUACCCCAACUAAUACCACCGUGGAGCUAGUUGGUUCUUCAGGUCAAAAUGGAGAUGAAAAACAAAACAUCGUAGCUCGAAAGAUUGUGAAAAUGACUAAGCAGCCUGCAAAAAGGAAGCCUCCUCCUUCCCGGGAAAAGAAAGUGACCAGGACGAUCUUGGCUAUUCUGUUGGCUUUCAUCAUCACUUGGGCCCCAUACAAUGUCAUGGUGCUCAUUAACACCUUCUGUGCACCUUGCAUCCCCAACACAGUGUGGACAAUUGGUUAUUGGCUCUGUUACAUCAACAGCACUAUCAACCCCGCGUGUUAUGCACUUUGUAAUGCCACCUUCAAGAAGACCUUUAAACACCUUCUCAUGUGUCAUUACAAGAACAUAGGCGCUACAAGGUAA